ACAACCGUUAGACCUCAGAGGCGCUCCUUCUCUCAUAAAGCUGUCAAAAAUCUCUUUCUCUUCUAUUUUCAGAAAUCGAAAUCUCUUGAAGAAGCUUUUUGGCGAUGUCGAAGAUGAGAUCUUACCUGAAACCACCUCUUCCCAAAUCUCCGAUCCGUCUCCGAUCACGUCAAGUCCUUCACUCAUCUCUCCAAACACCAUCACCAGGUUUUCAGAAGCCGGGACGGCGAUUGAGUGACGUAGAUCUAAACCCUAAACCCCAAUUCGAAUACUCAUCAAUCUCUAGCGAGAUACAUGCUUUAGCAAAGAUGGUGAAAGACGAGUUUGCGGAAGAAGAGAACCGAAAAAAGUCGAGAGUUGCGGGUUUUGGUUCGAAUUUGGAGAGUUUGGCGACGAAUUCGGUUCCGGUAUUCGAGAGAGGGAGGUUUUACGAGGAGUAUUCGGCGAAGAGGAACGAGCGAUUGAGGAGGAAGAAAGGAGAAGAAGCUGUUGAAGGAGGAGUUGUGAAAGGAACUCCUUAUAAUCUUGGUGUGAAUCAUGAACCGAUGACGAAUAAGCGAAGAGGAACGGCGAAGAAGGAGAGUAUUAAGAAGACGGUUGUAUCGAUGGUUGAGACUAGUAUACCGAGGUAUUCGUUGAGGAGUAUGAGCAAGGAGAAUAGGAAGCCACCGAUUCCGCUUAAUGUCGCUGUAAGUGCGAUGAAGACUGUUACUACUCGAAGAGGUAGGAGAAUCUGAAACUGAGGUGAUGUUGCUUUGGUGUGUUUUGUAAGGAAUUGAAAUUUGGGGAUUUGGUUUCUUGAACUUAUUUUGGUAUUGUUUUGCUUGUGGAUUUCGAUUAAAUCCGCUGAUUUUCUUUAGGGGAUGUUUUUGUUUUCUUGAUUACAGAUGAUACAUUGAGAUAAGCUUUACCUACAAAAUGUUUUAUUUAUCAAAUGCUUUUUGGAUA